AUGCGUUACUACGAAACAUUGAUGCUCUUGGUGGCCACUUCGGGCCUGGUCAAAGCUUCACACUCCAAUGCCUCUACUCCAUCGGUGCAAGUCCCCGCUUGUCCCAUCAAGGGAACCAUUACCUACACCAAGUCUGUCCCUAGCCAAACCGACGAUUUCGCUCUGACACAGGUGGACCUCUGCUACACAGCAAAUUCCCUGUCACUUACUCUUACGGCUUACAAUGAGACAAAUUUCUACUUCGAUGCGAGCCAGGAGAUAAAUGAUGACAUUUGGGAGUACGAGGUCAUGGAAGCUUUCAUCUACCAGGGCACAGACGACCCCCAGACAUACCUCGAGUUUGAGAUCAACCCCAACAAUGUGACAUACCAAGCCUUUGUCUUCAACCCGACGAAGACAAGAGCUGACGGAGCUCCAUUCGACCACUUCUUUGUUUCCGACCCAAAAACCGAUGGAUUCAAAGCAGCGACAAUACUUAACCGACCUGCCAAGAUAUGGACCAGUGAGGUCAGCAUACCCUUGGCUCUUUUCAAUGUCGAUGACGGAGCUGCGCUGGGUACAGAGUGGAGGAUGCAGUUUCUGCGGACAAUCACUAGCCCCGAUACAUACCCAGGCCAAGAACUUGGUGCGUGGAGCCCGCCCAACGAGGCCAAUUUCCACAUAACGAAAUACAUGGGACACGCUGUCUUUAUCUAG